AUGUCGAGCAUAGAGACAGUCCACCUACCGCUCCCUCGCCUUCCUGAAGGCUGGGCUGCUGCAGACAAAGACUUCAAGGCAGUAGGAUGCUUGUCCGCUGCGACCAGACGCAACGUUGAGCCCGUUGGCCCGCACUUUUUAGCCCACGCUCGCCGUAAGCGCCAUAGACGAACUUUCUCUGAGGAUGAGCGAAUCCUUGCGCAGGAGAAUGUCAAGAAGAUUGAGGAAGACGAUGCCGACGAGAUCAGCGAGCCAGAGGACCCAAUGAUGCUACAGAGAGAUGCUAAGGACUGGAAGGGUCAAGAUCACUACGCUGUGCUCGGUCUUAGCAAAUACCGAUGGAGAGCUACCCCCGAGCAAAUCAAGAAGGCUCACCGCAAGAAGGUCCUCAAACAUCACCCGGACAAGAAGGCUGCUGCAGGUGCUGGUGAUGAGAACGACAGCUUCUUCAAAUGCAUUCAAAAGGCCACCGAAAUUCUACUCGACCCUGUCCGUCGACGCCAGUUUGACUCUGUCGAUUCCGCUGCAGAUGUUGAACCGCCGAACCCUAAGAAGAAAGGGGACUUUUUCAAGCUCUGGCAUCCGUUCUUCAAGGCCGAGGCUCGUUUCUCUAAGAUUCAGCCUGUUCCUAUGAUUGGAGACGAUAACAGCACGAAACAAGAGGUCGAAACUUUCUACAACUUCUGGUACAAUUUUGACAGCUGGAGAUCAUUUGAGUACGAAGACGAGGAUGUUCCGGACGAUAAUGAAAACCGUGACCACAAACGUCACAUUGAACGCAAGAAUGCCAAUGCCCGUAAGAAGAAGAAGACAGAGGACACCGCCAGGCUACGACGAGCCGUCGACGAUGCCCUCGCCGCCGAUGCCCGAAUUAAGAAGUUCCGCAAGGAGGAGCGUGCAGGCAAAGACAAGCGAAGACUCGAGAAGGAAGCUGAAGCUAAACGCCUAGCCGAAGAAAAGGAGAAAGCUAAACUUGAGGCAGAACGACUGGAGAAGGAACGUGAAGAAGCCGCCAAAGCCGAGCGAGCUGAAGGCAAAAAGGCCAAAGAAGCCGCCAAAAACGCAGCUAAGAAGAACAAGCGUGUACUCAAGGGCAGCGUUAAGGAGGUCAACUACUUCGCAGAAGGAGAUCCGUCUGCGGCUCAGAUCGACAGCGUCCUCAGUGACGUCGAGCUGAUCAUGAGCAAGAUCAACAACGAUGAAUUGGCCACUAUUGCAUCAAAGCUUACUGCUGCCGGCAAGGAUGGUGCUGCUGUGAAGGGCAUUUUUUCUGCAGAGGUCACCAGGCUAGUUGGCUCUGGGGCCCUCAAGGAGGGCGAUAUAAAAACACUGACUGUUUAG